AUGUCUGACUACUACAACCGUCAAGGUGGAGACCCUCGUGAGUACGGAGGAGGAGGCCGUGGAGGUGACAACUACUAUGACCAACGUCAAUGCUACGAUGACGGCGACCAAGGAGGCCGUCGGCGAGAUGAUUACGGAGAAAGGCGCCACGGCGGCUCCCAAGAGGACGACAACUACGGGGAUCGACCGAGCGGCGGCUAUGGCGGAGGUGACAGUGGUUACGGUGGCGGCCGCCAAAGUGGCGGAUAUGGAGAUGAUCAACCUCGACACCAUAACCGUCACGACGAUGAUGGCUAUGGCGGCAGCUCUGGUGGGGGAAGAUAUGGUGAAGAAGAUCGUCACAGACGCCGCGACGACGAAGGAUAUGGCGGCGAUGGUGGCUACGGGAGACCCUCUGGAGGUGGGUACGGAGGAAAUAGCUCCGCCGACGACUAUGACCAGGACGAAGUGAUGCAACACGCUCAACGUCAUGGCAACUCUGAGGACUCCGGCAUGUUCUCUCAAGCUCUGUCUUUCCUCAGCGACAACAAGCAUAGCGCGCAGUCUGAAGACCUUGACGAAGGUCGAAUGCAGCAGAGUCAUCAACAACUCUACAGCCAGUCGAGCGGCGGUCAGCAGCACGACGCCUCCAGUUUGGGUGCGGGCGCCGCUAUGCAAGCACUGAAGAUGUUCUCGGGCGGUGGUGGGGGUGGAUCACAGUCCCAGAUGCUCGGGAUGGCCAUGCAGGAAGCCUCGGCUUUGUUCGACAAGCAAAGCAGCAUGGGAAAUGUGCAGGGCGGCACAGACAAGCAAAGCGUGAUCAAUAUGGCGGCGAAAACGGCACUUCAAAUGUAUUUGAAGAGUCAGGGAGGUGGUGGCAGCGGUAUGUCAGGACUGAUGGGUCUUGCCAGCAAGUUCUUUUAG